AUAGUCAGAACUAGCUAUAAAUAUAUAAAAUAACUAAGUUGGCAACAGUGAACAAACAUCAACUCAAUUUAAACUAAACAGUAGAUUUUUUAAGUGCUUACAGUCAAAAUGAGUGAUCCGUCUAGCACAAAUUUGUCCACUGAGACACGAGAACUACUGGAAGCGCGCGAUUCUGAGCUUAAUAAAGUGCUAAAGCUAAAAUUAGUAUUAAAUGAAUUACGAUCUUUAAAUCUUGAGCAAGAUGAAACACCAGAAAUCAAACGCGUUCUCAGAUUGAUUUCGGUAAACGAAUAUAUUCGACUGGGAGAUGAACAGGUUCAUUUACUGGACUUGCAGGAAUGCAGCAGCUGCCCGCCGCUUAGUUACACUGACUGCAAAGCCUUGCGCACCAAAUUGGCGUCCAAUCUGCGUAAGACCCUAACACCCAUUGUUGAGUUGGGCGAUAAAAUACGCAAGGAACUGCCGGAUGCAAUGACAAAAGAUAGGGAACCGCAGCUGUCCACGGGACAACAGGAAAUCAUAAGGCUGCAAAAGGAACAACGCGAAUGCCUGCAAAAAUUGGUAGAAAUGCAACGUAAAAAGAAUGCUCUAAUGAUGACAACAGCCGAUUUAAAAAUGGGACCACAUCUUGUAAAUGAACUGAAAGUGCAACAAUCGCAGGCGGAAUUAUUGCAAACAAAAGCGGAUUUGUUGCGUAUUUACUUUAUUAAUGAUAUAUUCACACGUACAGAUCACAGCUUAAAAGCCCAUAAGGAAGUAGACAAAUAUCUCAAUGAACUGCUGAGUGCCAAUCAGACAAAAGCAGUAAGCGGUCGGCGUUGAAUCGAAUAAAACUAAUUAUUAUUUAAUUUAAGAAAUCGAAAUAUACAUGUAGCUUAUAGAACAAAUUUAAA